AAGGCCAUUGGCUCACAACCAGUUAAUACAGACAAAACUAGCAGAUAUGAUCUUAGAAAUCAGUCUUGGCCUGCUUCUUUGUCACCGUGUUGCUCAGAUUGUGGAUUCAACUGAUUGGUUUGUGUUGAAUAUUUAUUUCAGUUAUCCUUCGACACUCAUUUCUAUGGCAAAACGCAAUUCUGCGAAUAAAUCCCUUCAAAUAUGCCGAACUGCUCGAGACAUGCUUGGUGCAAAUGGAAUUGUUGAUGAGUUUGGUGUGAUAAGACAUGUCCUCAACCUCGAAAGUGUGAAUACCUAUGAAGGUCACGUGACUAUCAAAUAUUUUAGGGACUUGUGAUAUUCACGCCUUAAUCAUGGGACGAGCAAUAACAGGAAUUCAAGCCUUUAAUUAAACUUUAAUAA